AAUCAUGUCCAUCCAUGACCAUGAAGUCUGAAUUGGAAUCUGAGAAAUCAGAACCGAAAAAAGCUUCAUCCGGAAAGAAUGGCGUCCAUUCCAUCACUGUUUUCCGACUCGGCACUAUAUCGAGUCGGCGAUUCCACACUUCUCCGACGUAACAGAAAAGGCAUUUGUAAAUGCGGAAAUAAGUUCGUUCUCUGUUCCAGGAAAAGUGAAACGGAACAAAAACAAAGCUUGCAACUCCAUGGACCGGGAACUAAAAGGAGACAGGCGUUGUUGCAGAUCAUCUUUGGUGCAUUUUCUUUUCCAUCCAUUGCUGUUGGUAGUGUUUCGGCUGAUACAGAUGUAAAAGAGGAUUUCCGUAUUUACUCGGAUGAUACCAAUAAGUUCAAGAUAUCGAUUCCACAAGACUGGCAAGUUGGUGCAGGAAAGGGUGAUGGAAUCAGAUCACUAACUGCUUUUUACCCUGAGGAGACCUCUAGUUCUAAUGUCAGCAUUUUAAUCACGGGGCUUGGUGCGGAUUUUACCAGAUUAGAAUCGUUUGGCAAAGUUGAUGCUUUCGCUGAGAAUCUGGUCUCUGGAUUGGACAGAAGCUGGCAGAGGCCUCCUGGCUUGGCAGCAAAACUCAUUGACUCUAAGGCUUCAAAUGGCCUAUAUUACAUCGAGUAUUCCCUGCAAAAUCCUGGAGAAAGUUGCAGGCACAUAUUUUCUGCCAUUGGGAUGGCAUCAAAUGGUUGGUACAACAGAUUAUAUACUGUAACAGGGCAGUAUGUAGAAGAAGAGUCAGAAAAAUACCGAUCCAGAAUUGAGAAGUCUGUGUUGUCCUUCAGGUUCAUCUGAGAUGACUCAAGAGGCUGGGAAGCUAGUACAUUUGUCUGUUCCUUGCCAAUGGUGCUUACUUCAUGUUUUGUUAUUUCUUCCGUAGUUCAUUUUCACAGAGAGGCAAACUGUUUAUCUCCCCAUAGGUUUGUGUAAUCUUCUCUUAUUUAUUAUAGGCAAAAUAUAAAUG